UACCUGGGAUUUCUUUCUUAUUCAGAGUGUACUCUUCAGAAUAAACGUUUGCUUCUGAAUGAUGGAGAUGUUGUUAAUCAGCUUGAACAAAAGAUUCAAGACUUGUCUGCUCGUCUUGACGCGAUAACGACUACAACAUCACAACAAAUACAAACAUUAACGGCAUCAGUACAGCUGCUACAGUCUGCUCAAAAUUUUGGUUCUACAUAUGUCAGGUGGGGACGAAAACACUGUAGUCAUAAUAACACAGAAGUAGUGUACACAGGUUAUGCUGCUGGAGCCUGGUAUGGUCACAGUGGGUCAGCGGCAAACCCUGUAUGUCUACCAGAGGAUCCAAACAUUUCAAUCUUACAAAGAACCAAUGACUCAGAUUAUGCCAACAUCUAUGGAGCCGAGUAUGAAGGACAUUUCAAGGACGAACAUAACAAAAAUGUACCAUGCAGUGUGUGUAGAGCCAAACAAACCACAGACAGUAUCAUGAUACCAGGCAGAAAUACUUGCUAUCCUGGAUGGAAAAUGGAAUAUCAUGGUUUUCUUGCUGGAGGUCUACCAUCUCAUCCUGCGGCUUCUACAUAUGUCUGUAUGGACAAUAGUCCAGAAUAUCUACCAGGUGGAACCUCAAAUCAAGAUGGCUACUUGUUUUAUACAACCCUAGCACAAUGUGGUUCACUAUACUGUCCUCCAUACAAACACGACACACCAAUAACAUGUGUGGUCUGCUCUCAAUAAACUUAAAUAAUCUUAGAACAUUUCAACAGUAUAUUUGAUUCCUUAUAAUUAUAUUUA